GACUAUUUCUCAAAGGGACUAUUAGCAGUUCAUUCCACAAAUCAGUAUCAUUUAGGCAGAGAAAAAGGGCAAAUUAAACACUAACACGAUGACUACCGAUUACAGAAAAACAGUGACAACCUAUAUUGCCCCUCAAGAUGAGGAAAAAUUGAUAGACCGCCUUUACACACGUUCUAUCGAGAGAAAAAAAGCUAUAAUCGAGGAAUCGGAGCGGCGCUUUUACCCAGUAGCUGAACCAACUAAAAUAUCUGCUGAACAGCUCCAAAAAAGUAUAGAACGACAAGUUUACCGUGAAAUGGCGAGGCGGCAGGCUCGCGCCCAGGAAGCUGAUGCGUCGCUCUACGGCCCCAAUAACGGUGCCGCUGCGCGCUCGGUCUCCGGGAAAGGAAGGAUUGCUGCGCAAACCUUGACAAAUGAUGAAGUGGCCGACUCCGUAUUAAGGCUUUACAAUCAGUCGUUAGAGCGAAGAAAGGCAAAUAUGUCGGAAAGCGAGAACCGGUAUCUGUUCCACCCACCCGAGUCGAAGAAAUUGCCCAAGGGGGAGAUUCAAGAAUAUAUCAACAAAAUGAGCCAGCCACGAAAAAGGGAAUACACCAUUGAUGAGAUCAAUAAGAUAUAUGGAUUUAUGUGAAAGGAGGAUUAUUGAUCCAACUUCUCCACACUUUACAUGUACAAAUUGCUAUUAUACUGACGUUAUCUGCUUAAAUGUAAAAA